CACGUGACCAGCGCGGGGGUCACGUGAGGCGGCGGCGGCAGCGCUCCCGGCCCGUCCCCGCCGCCAUGUCGUGCUUCCCGGAGCUCUAUUUCAACGUGGACAACGGAUACCUGGAAGGGCUGGUGCGCGGCUUCAAGGCGGGGGUGCUCCGGCAAGGGGACUACGUGAACCUGGUGCAGUGCGAGAGCCUGGAGGACUUGAAACUGCACCUCCAGAGCACAGACUAUGGGAACUUCCUGGCCAACGAAGCCUCCCCGCUCACUGUGUCCGUCAUAGACGACAAGCUGAAGGAGAAGAUGGUGGUGGAGUUCCGUCACAUGAGGAACCACGCGUACGAGCCCCUGGCAAGUUUUCUGGACUUCAUCACGUACAGCUACAUGAUUGACAAUGUCAUUCUGCUGAUCACUGGGACUCUGCACCAGCGUUCCAUCUCCGAGCUGGUGCCCAAGUGCCAUCCUCUGGGAAGUUUCGAGCAGAUGGAAGCUGUGAACAUUGCUCAGACGCCUGCGGAGCUCUACAAUGCAAUCCUGGUGGACACUCCCCUGGCUGCUUUCUUCCAAGACUGCAUAUCUGAACAGGACCUGGAUGAAAUGAACAUUGAAAUCAUUCGAAACACGCUGUAUAAGGCUUACCUGGAGUCCUUCUACAAGUUCUGCAAGACGCUGGGAGGCACCACAGCAGAUGCCAUGUGCCCAAUCCUGGAGUUUGAAGCUGACAGGAGGGCCUUCAUUAUCACCAUCAACUCCUUUGGUACUGAGCUGUCCAAGGAGGACCGAGCCAAGCUGUUCCCGCACUGUGGCAAGCUCUACCCCGAGGGCCUGGCUCAGUUGGCCAGGGCAGAUGACUACGAGCAAGUCAAAAACGUUGCUGACUACUACCCUGAGUACAAGCUGCUCUUUGAAGGGGCUGGCAGCAACCCUGGGGACAAAACCCUUGAAGACCGGUUCUUUGAGCACGAGGUGAAGCUGAACAAGCUGGCCUUUCUCAACCAGUUCCACUUCGGGGUGUUCUAUGCCUUUGUGAAGCUGAAGGAGCAGGAGUGCCGCAACAUCGUGUGGAUCGCAGAGUGCAUCGCCCAGCGGCACAGGACCAAGAUCGACAACUACAUUCCCAUCUUCUAACCCUGCUCUGCUCCUGUCUGACCCUCCCGCCCCUGGAGUCCGGAGGGACCCCCGUCUAACUCCCUGAGUUGUCCCUUGCCCAGACUCCAGGGAUGUCCCAUCUGUGGAACUGGAUCAGAUGAGGAAACUGUAUAGUUGCUAGUUAAAUUAUUCACAAGCUGAAGUUCGAGUUGUGUGUGCUGUGAGGCGUCCGGAGGGACCAGCGGCCCAGGGUUGGCCCUGUGCAACAGGAGGGACACCUCCUGUUGUGUGUCCAGUGGUCCAAGUGUUCCUGUACUAAUUGCUGUGUACGCUUACGCUCACAGAGCAAGCAUGAGCUGGGGGGGGGCUGCCUCCAAGGGGGUCCCACUGCUGCAGAGGAACAGGUCAGGUCUGCCAUGGCUGGGGGGUCCUCUGUCGGUGCUCUGCACGCCUCCUACUCGGUGUUGUUCCUGUGAGAUGUAGUUUGAGUGUGGUCUGUAGCGUAGCCCAUGCUGCUGUGCAAUCCCUGCAUCCCCUUGUAGCUAACCCUGACCUGGGAGGGACUGAGCAACCCUAGCCAAGACUGGGACAGAGCCUGUGGGAACGUGAGGGCAGAGCCACACGGCUUGUGGAACACACUCCUCCCACUCUGGCAGCAUUUGCACUCGUGCAGCCUUGCUGUGUCUGCAGAAGCAGCUCUCAUCAGUCUCUCUGCUGCCCUGGACAGGGUUCCAUAUGUUGGCUGAGCCCCUUCCUCCCCUGGAGACCCACAGGUCGCAGUUUACUGUCACAACCAUGCAAGAACCAGGGCUCUUUUGGUCUCUGCAGAUGCUGAUGGACCCCUGCACCUCCUCAGGGCAGACAUCCAGGCUCCUCACCUGUGGAGGACAGGCUGGCAGUGCUGUGGAGCUGUACAGCACAGCUGGCUGUGGGACAGAGCAGCCCUUGGUCACCACAGUGAGGACAGAUAUGUCCCAGGCCCUGCCUGUCCAUGGCCUGGGGUGGGAGCCAAGCCCUGGGCAUGGUGUGGCAGCCCUGUUCCUUGCUGCUCUGUCCUGGCUAGCUCCUACUUGCACUCAAGUUCUGGGAGAUGUGCUAUGGCAGUAGAGGAUCCUUGCUGGUGGGAAACACGCUGCAUGCUGCUGUGGGGAGGGAUCAGUGGAGAGCGGCUCUGUCCCAGCUUGUGCUGUGGUCACCUCUGCAGUUUGUUUUCCUGUGACCCCCUCCUCUCUACAUCAAUAAAUAUCUGCCUACUGCA